AUGCCACCUGUUGUUCUCUCAAGUCCUGAGUGCCUGGCACUCGCUCGGUAUCUCAGAAACGACACGGAACUUCCAGAUAUUCUUAUGGCAGCCUCAAUGAAGAUUGAGGCAUGUGUGCGGCAAACACCUGCCACCCCAUCUUUUGCACCCUCUCCUUCACAAUUUCUUGCAAGUAUCAACGGUCUGGAUGAUCCAUGGCAAACUCCCCCUCCUGCUGACCAUUAUCCUGUCCAAUCAAUCUCUUCCAAAGCAUCAAAUUUUUGGGACAAGGAUGACGAUAUAUUUCCACUGACCCCAUCUCCUCAUUUCCUUGGUGUUGACCCAGCCACUCCUCGUGGCGCUCUCAGCCCCAUGUCAGACCUCGAAGGCGGUGGAGCUCAUCCCUCAGUACCCCAUUGCCCCAAAACCGUUGCCGGUUGUCACCAGACAGCUCUAGGGAUUGUUCAACUCAUGGAUGUCAUGGCCAUGGUAGCGUUGAGUCAAGUUGAGAGCAUGGAGGUUGAUGGGGCAGAUGAGGAUGGGCAGUUGGACGGUGGGGAGGAGCUGGAUGGGGAGGAUGACGAUGAAUACCGACCUGGGGCAGGAGAGGAAACUUCAAGGCUUCGUGGUGGGGCUGGGUCUGGCAACAACCAUCGUUGUCAUCGUUGUUGUCGAGGUAGCAGCUGCAACCAUGGUGGUGGUGUGGCCCCACCUCCAUAG